CCGCCGCCGGAUCCUGUCGAUGUCGCUGGGCGGCUGCGGCCUUCGCAGCGGAGGCGGUGGGGAGGGGCCGCUCCGGCGGGGCGCGGCUUGCAGGCUGGAGGAGGAGGGGGAUUUAAUAAAACCGCGGCCAGCCGAAAUGGGGAGAUGCCUAAAGCAGCAGUGAGGAGUCUGUCGUCUGCCUAGUUGCCCACGUCUUUGUCUUGCGCUGGAACCAGCAAAGGAAGAUGUGUAUUUUUAUCCUUGUGCCAAGCUGGUCUGUCUAACUCCUGAACAGAGCUAUGCGCUGAAGCUGGAGGUCCUGACAAAAUGGGAGUACUUGUGUUCUCUGUGACUUGCAGUUUACUUCUAACUCUGGUGAGAGGGCACAGUUUGUUCACAUGUGAGCCAAUUACUAUUUCCAGAUGUUCAGGAAUGCCUUACAAUAUGACUUUUUUUCCAAACAUCAUGGGACACUAUGAUCAGGACACGGCUGCUUUCCAAAUGGAGCCUUUUUUUCCACUUAUGAAUCUUCACUGUUCACCAGACUUCCACACAUUUCUGUGCAAAGCCUUUGUCCCUGCCUGCCUAGAGCAAGUUCAUGUGAUUCACCCUUGUCGAAGCCUCUGUGAGAAAGUAUAUUCUGAUUGUAAGCAGUUGAUGGACACUUUUGGAAUCACAUGGCCUGAAGAGCUGGAAUGUGCCAGACUAGUCAAUUGUGAUGAAACUGUUCCUGCCACUGCUGCUGUAACCACAAACAUACAUGGAACCCAGAAGACCCCAGGCCAGACCCGAAGGGAUUAUGGAUUCUGGUGUCCACGACACCUACACACUACCAAUGGACAAGGCUACAAGUUUCUAGGAAUUGAUCAGUGCGCACCCCCAUGUCCCAAUAUGUACUUCAAAAACUAUGAAUUGGAUGUUGCAAAAAGCUUCAUUGGAAUAGUUUCAAUCUUUUGUCUUUGUGCUACGCUUUUUACUUUCCUGACUUUCCUGAUUGAUGUUAAAAGGUUUAGGUACCCAGAGAGGCCGAUCAUAUAUUACUCUGUCUGUUACAGCAUAGUCUCUCUAAUGUACUUUAUUGGAUUUUUACUUGGGAACAAAACUGCCUGUAAUGAGGCAGAUGAUAAGUUAGAAAUCGGUGAAACAGUUGUUCUUGGCUCCCAAAACAAAGCCUGUACUGUCCUUUUCAUGGUUUUGUAUUUUUUCACUAUGGCAGGAACUAUAUGGUGGGUGAUUCUUACAAUCACUUGGUUCCUUGCAGCAGGAAGAAAAUGGAGCUGUGAAGCUAUUGCACAAAAGGCCAUGUGGUUCCAUGCGGUUGCAUGGGGAAUACCUGGUUUUCUAACCAUUAUGCUCCUUGCAAUGAACAAAGUUGAAGGGGACAAUAUCAGUGGAGUUUGUUUUGUGGGUCUCUACGAUCUGGAUGCCUCUUUGUACUUUGUGCUUUUGCCGUUGUGCCUUUGUGUCUUUUUCGGUCUCUCUCUUCUUUUAGCUGGUAUUAUUUCUUUAAAUCAUGUGCGGCAAGUCAUUCAGCAUGAUGGCAGAAACCAGGAGAAGCUAAAGAAAUUUAUGAUCCGAAUUGGAGUUUUUAGUGGUUUAUACUUGGUGCCACUUGUAGCACUUCUUGGAUGUUAUGUCUAUGAACUGGUGAACCGGAAGAUCUGGGAAACGACUUGGGUGUUUGACCACUGUGACCAGUACCAUAUUCCUUGUCCUUAUCAGGCAAAGGCACUAGCAAGACCAGAAAUAUUUUUGUUUCUGAUGAAAUAUUUGCUGACAUUGAUUGUUGGCAUAUCUCCAGUCUUCUGGGUGGGAAGUAAAAAGACCUGUUCUGAAUGGGCCAAUUUCUUCAACAGAAACCGCAAAAGAGAUCCGAUCAGUGAAAGUCGAAGAGUGCUGCAAGAAUCAUGUGAAUUUUUCUUGAGGCAUAAUUCCAAAGUUAAGCAUAAAAAGAAGCACUACAAAUCAACCUCACACAGACUGAAAGUCAUUUCGAAGUCAAUGGGGACCAGCACCGGUGGGACAACAAAUCAUGGAACGUCUGCAGUAGCAAUCACUAAUCAUGAUUACUUAAGCCAGGAAACCGUUGCAGAAAUUAAAACCUCUCCAGAGACAUCUGAGAAAGAGGUAGAGGCGGAUGGAACAUCAGUCCAAAGAGUCGACGAAGGUGAAAACAGUGGAGAUCAAAUGUUAUCUGGUUCUAAACUCACCGUGGAGCAGGUGGAAAAAAGAAAUAAAGCAGAUAGCACAUGUCACCUGAGUAGCUUGGGUGAGAGUAUGAAGAGAACAGCUGAAGGAAGAAUAACUCCUAGGAGUGAUUUUGUUGAAUCUCCUCCAUUACAAAGCAGCUGUUCCCAAAUACCUGAUGUCUCACAGUCAGCUUCCCUACCGCUACUUGUCUACUCGGCUUCAGAUACCAGAAGAGACUUGGAUUCAGGAAACAGUUCAAACCUUUGAAAGAUUGAAAUUUUAUAUGAACAUUUGCAGUGUAUAAAACUGAUAGGGAUUCUGUGUUACACUGGAAA